CACAGAGACCAUCGUCAUCGCCUGCGGAGGACCUGCAACUCCAACUCCAACUACGAUAUCUUUGCCAUUCUCGAGUCCAUGCCAUUUCAAAGGGUGAACAGCGCCAAUUUCCCAUUCACGAAAUAUCCGGUGUCGGUGCAAAGGCUCUUCUAGCUGCGACUGUGACACUCGGAAGCUGCAUGCUUCAAGUCUAUAAAGAAGACUAGAGGCCAACAAGUGCGCCGCUCACUUGAUUUCCAGAGCGGUAGUCCCAUUCCUACCUAGGUGCACACAUUGCCGCAAGAUGCGCCUGGUCAAGCGCCAUAUCGACGACAACGGCGGUGGCAGCGUCACACUAUGCCCAGAAGAACCAGAAGACUUGUGGCACGCAUACAACCUCAUCCGACCGACAGACCUCCUCACAGCCUCUGCGAUACGACGUGUAACCACCGAAUCCUCAUCUACAGGCUCUACAUCCUCUCAAAGGGUCCAUACCAACCUUACAAUUCGAGUCAAAACGCUAGACUUUGAUCCGCAAGCAGGACAACUACAUGUUUCCGGACAAAUUGCACGGGAAAACAGAUUUACAAAGAUCGGACAAUUUCAUACCCUCGAUCUUGAGUUGAACCGGAAUUUCACGCUUGAGAAGGAAGUCGAGGGCCCCAAUGGCGGAGAAGGAUGGGACAGCGUUGCCCGAACGCAGCUUGAAGAGGCCAUUGAUCCGACCAGAGGAACAGAAGCAGUGGCUGUGGUCAUGCAGGAAGGUCUGGCGAAUAUAUGCUUCAUCACGCAAUACCAGACUGUGCUACGGCAGAGGGUGGAAGUUUCAGUGCCUCGAAAACGCACUGGUGCAGGCAGGUCGGGUGACCACGACAAGGGCCUCGAAAAAUUCUUCAGUACGUUGUUGGACACGCUGAUGAGGCAGCUGGAGGGUCUGAUGGAAGGGAAGGAUAGCAGCACGAACUUCCCGAUACUAUUAGCGAGUCCUGGGUUCACAGCUCCCGGCUUCUUGAGGCACAUCAACGAGACUGCUGCAACGAAGGGCGACAAGUUACUGCAGGACCUGGUCAAGCGAAAAGCAUUCAUUGUGAUACACAGCAGCUCGGGACAUCUGCAUAGCUUGAAUGAGGUAUUGAAGAGCUCGGAGGUGCUGGCGAGUUUGAAGGAUACGAAAUACGCCAGGGAGACGGCGCUGAUGGAUGACUUCUUCGCACUACUCAGGAAAGACGAUGGCCGGGCGUGGUAUGGACCCAAGGAAGUGGAAACGGCGGUUGACAAGGGCGCUGUUGGUCGAGGCGGUGGUAUCCUUCUGAUCAGUAAUGCACUAUUUCGGAGCCAGGACGUGGCGACGAGGAGGAGAUGGGUGAGACUCGUGGAUAGAGUCCGGCAGGUCGAGGGCGGCGAGGUCAGAGUCCUUAGCAGUGACCAUGAGAGUGGGAGAAGGCUUGAGGGACUGGGUGGUAUUGCUGCCAUUUUGACGUUCCCCAUAGAUGACAUGGAGUCAGAGGACGAGUCUGAACCUGACAAUGAUAGUGACGAUUCAUGAAUGAUAGAUAUGUGUUUCCUUG